GCGCACGUCUUUGCGUGGUCACGCCCCCCGAGCGUAUGUGCGCGCACCCUUCUAUCGCGUGGUGCUGAUCAUCCAUAUUGCUGUUAGUGGUGAAGUUUGGCUUGCAAUUUAAAAGAGGCUCCCGGGCGCUUUUUAAAUGUUUUAAUUCAACACAAACCACUCUGCGUCUUAGACUGAAUGCUAUUUAGUCUAGGGGUGGAGUGGAGAAACGAGUUCAUUCGAGGAAUACUUCACAUUUUCUUUGUUGAGUAGUAGGCGAAUUUGUUGGUAUCGUGAGGAAAAGGAGAAAUGGCUACUCAGGUAGAGGCUCUCCUACCCAACAAUCCUCGUAUUAAACCAGAGGAGAAUGGGCAUACGAGCAAGAUGAUACAGCAUGGAGAGGACUGUCCUGAAAAGGGGGUGAAGCAGACAUGUGUUGCCGACGAGGGUAGCAAUAUGAAAACAAACAACUCAGAACAGUGUUGGAUUGCAACGAGGGAGCUACGCUCUAAACAAGCAAAAGAAGAGAGUAACAAUCAAGAGAAAGACACCCUGGAUCAAGAGAUGCACACGACUGAUCAAACGGAAGACUGUGUGAAAUGCAGUAAAAAUGAGUUUGCUGAAGCACCCCCGCCCAAGGUGAACCCAUGGACCAAGAAAAAGAAUGCGGUGACCGUGGUCAGCCAGAAUGGACAAUCACAUCAUGAGCCGCCAAUCACAACAGGCCCAGCCAAGGUGGUGAAGGCCCCAAACCCCCGGCCUCGGAGAGGAGAAAGGGUUGGAGAUUUUGGUGAUGCUAUGAAGUGGCCAACCCCUGGGGAGAUUGCAACUAAAGAAACGCAGAUUGAGGUUGUGAAUCAGACUGUGUCAUGCCCCAUGCCCGUCAGGCAGGUCAGAGAAGUGGGCUCCACACGGAGAUCCCCAGCCCCCAAGAAGCCUGUGCUGAAGAAAGAGGUGAAGGAGAAGCGUGACACCAACGAGGAGGGCAAGGAGAACCAGAAUGCGAAGUCGGACGACUCUGGAGAGGAGAAGAACGGCGACGAGGACUCUCAGAAGAACAGCGACGAGGACUCUCAGAAGAACGGACAGAAGAAGAAAGGAAACAAGCAUAGGUGGGUGCCGCUGAUGAUGGAGGUGAAGUCUGAGGGGCCCAGAGAACGCUCGGCCUCAAGGAAUAACUCCCGUCAGAACGAGGUGCCCAGGAUGCCCCCCAACAGGAAGAACGACCUCCGAGACGGGUACAGAGGGAAGUCCGAGCGUGAAUGGAGUGAUGACCAUGAUGAGGUGUCCAGCGUGAGGAGCGAGGGUGCUCCCUUCCGUGCCGGGUUCCGGGGUCGUGGCAGGGGCCGGGGACGAGGCAGAGGCUCCAGAGGUCACCCUGACUACCAUUAUGGCUACAAGGCCUACAACGGGAAGGACGGUGCCUACGGACAGAAGUUUGGUGCUCCAGUGACCUAUUACUACGACAACAUGAGCAGCAGUGACCUGUACACAGUGGACCAGGGCCUGCUCAAGGACUAUGUCAAAAGGCAGAUUGAGUACUACUUCAGCCUUGGCAACCUGGAGCGGGAUUUCUUCCUGCGCAAGAAGAUGGACCAGGAGGGCUUCCUGUCACUUGGCCUGAUUGCCAGCUUCCACAGGGUGCAGGCCCUCACCACUGAUGUCAGCCUCAUCAUAGAGUCUUUGAAGGACAGCAAAGAGGUGGAAAUCAUUGACAUGAAGAUCCGUCGGAAGGUGGAGCCGGAGAAGUGGCCACUUCCUGGCCAGUCCAUGGGACCGGACCACAACCAGGUGGACCUGACCCAGCUCAUCCACUGCCCCGAGUUCGUGCCCCGGCAGAUGCCCACUAAGCAGACAGAGUCUGCUCCAGGGUCUCCCCGGUCUUCCACGCCCACCAGGGGCAUGACCAGGGCCUCCAUGCAGCCCAAGAUGGAGCAGGACGUGUCCAACCUGAAGAGCAUGCCCAAGGGACUGUCGGCCAGCCUGCCCGACCUGGACUCUGAGUCCUGGAUCGAGGUGAAGAAGAGACCCAAGCCCUCCCCGGCCAGAACCAAGACCCCUUCGUUGCAGCAGAAGGAAGACGCUCUCUCCCCGGUGCCCAAGGCAGGCCUCAGCCUUGUCCCCUCCACCGCCUCAGCCAAGGAUGAGCCCGAGGAGCUGGACUUCAUGUUUGACGAGGAGAUGGAGCAGAUGGAUGGCCGCAGGAACACAUUUACCGACUGGUCCGAUGAGGACUCGGACUGCGAGAUCGCCGACAAUGACGUCAACAAGAUCCUCAUUGUGACACAGACGCCGCCCUACCUGCGCAAGCACCCAGGGGGUGACCGCACGGGCCACCACACGUCGCGCUCCAAGCUGACCAAUGAGCUGGUGAAGGUGAUCAACGACGGCCUGUACUACUAUGAAGCAGAUCUGUGGGAUGACAACUACGAACCCGAGUACGCCACCAUCAAGCAAGAGGUGGAGAACUUCAAAAAGGUUCACCUGAUCAGCCGAGAGGAGUUUGACUGCCUGACCCCAGAACCCCCCGUCGACCCCAACCAGGAGGUGCCCCCUGGACCCCCAAAGCCCCAGCAGAUUCCCGUAGACGCCUUGGCGAACAAACUGUUCGGUGCCCCUGAGCCUUCCACGAUAGCACGCUCCCUCCCGACUACUGUACCUGACUCGCCCAACUACCGCAGUGCCCGGACACCCCGCACGCCUCGCACCCCGCACCGGAAGGACCUCGCCAUGACGCCCCGUUUCUACCCUGUUGUGAAGGAGAGCCGGCCCGUCGACGCCAAGACCCCCAGGAAAAGGAAGACCAGGCACAGCUCCAACCCCCCCAUGGAGUGCCACGUUGGCUGGGUGAUGGACUCGCGGGAGCACCGAUCUCGCACCGCCUCCGUCAGCUCCAACGCCAGCCCCUCAGAGGGUACACCUGCAUUGGGGGGAAUUGGCUGCACUCCCCAGUCGCUCCCCAAUUUCCAGCACCCCUCCCACGAGCUGCUCAAGGAGAACGGCUUCACACAACACGUUUAUCACAAGUACCGUCGACGCUGCCUAAACGAACGCAAGCGGUUGGGCAUCGGCCAAUCCCAGGAGAUGAACACGCUGUUCCGUUUCUGGUCGUUUUUCCUGAGGGAUCACUUCAACAGGAAGAUGUAUGAGGAGUUCAGACAGCUGGUGGUGGAGGACGGCAAGGAGGGAUACAGGUACGGUUUGGAGUGCCUGUUCAGGUACUACAGCUACGGACUGGAAAGGAAAUUCAGGCCAAACAUUUUCAAGGACUUCCAGGAGGAGACCAUGAAAGAUUACGAAGCUGGCCAGCUGUAUGGACUUGAAAAGUUUUGGGCAUUUCUUAAAUACUCCAAAAACAAGAACAUGGGGAUCGACCCCAAGUUGCAGGAGUGCUUGAGCAAGUUUAAGCGUCUCGAGGAUUUCAGAAUCGAUCCCCCGAUGGAGGAGGGAGGUCGCAAGAGACACUCAUCCAGCGGAGACUGUCGCCGCCGCCACCCCUCCCAGGGCUCCAGCCGCCCCCACAGCCAAACUGGCUUCGGCCCCGUUCGCCCAGGGCCCCACCAGGGAGGAUGCCAAAAUCAGCAGCCAGAGCCAGCGCCCCGCAGCCCAGACGGGGCGCUGCCACCAAAGUAACCCCAGACAACCCUCAGCCACUUGGAUCAACUCAACGUCAUUGAAUAUUUUCUGCGCCGCAAGAAUGAGAGAAUGACUUUCUGACGAACAGCUUGUGAUUUGAAUAAAUCAAGGCUCUUCCAUUUUGAUUUAUUUAGUUUUGAAACACCCAGCGUUUUGACUUAUUAGAGACGAAACUGAAUGACUAUUGAAGGAGUGGAUGAAGUAUAUUUUCUCGCGUGGUUACAAUGUGGGGAAUUGACAUGGUUUCUGAGGACGUUUGAUGGCAACUGCGAACCUUGUGAUUCCUUUCUGUUGAUGGACCCUCUUUCCACUUGACACCAUCUAGUUGGUGGAUUAGAAAUGUAUGCGUUGAAAAAUACAUAUUUAACUUGUUUUGCGCGAGAGAGAAAUAGAGGGAGAAAAAAAUUGAUGUCAAAACCAAACCAAAUGAUGAAAAAAAAUGACUUGUACCAGUCCCUCAGUAUGAACAAGAUCAUUGAAAGUUGCCUUAUUUUUAUGUUUUUCCUGCUUUACUUGUGCCCGGCACCGUAAUGUCGAUUGUACAGCAUUGACAAUUGCAAAUAUGCAACAUUGGUCAGCACCUACAGUAGUGGCCACUCAGUGACUCCCUGCCUGCCAAACAGUUCUGAAUGCAACCUGCUGAAUGAACUGUCUUCCAAGUGUCAUAAAGCCCACCCCUCAGUGUGUUUGCAAGUUGUGGUUCUUUGUGCUGAAACGCUUUGCUGGGGGGGCAGCCGCUCCUGACAUCCCCCCCAAAUCUAUCCAUCCAUCAAUCACCAUUGAGGCUACAGGACUGGAAUCACCAAUCCGGAUUACUUGGGGAAAAAAAUAAAAAAACAAAGGUUUAUCAGUAGAUCUGGUGUUCUGCGAUGGUUGCUUUGGGGAGAUGUGCGGCGGGUUAUGUUCUGCUUCCCAGGGCUAAACAAGGCAGGGUUUCAGUUUGCAGCUUAGCAUGGCCUAUAACAUUGCAUCCCACCAGUGCUUCCACACACACACCCCUCGUAUGUUUUUUUCCAGAGGCUCUACUCUGUUCAUCUGGAGGAGUACAACCAAUGGACAGACGGUCUCCCUUCUGACCCCUGAACUCAACCCACCUGUUCUAUUCCCAUGAACAUCUGACUACAUACAGUCAGAUAAACUAUAAUAAUCUGGUGUGGAUAACAUCAUCUUCAUCCGACAGAGGACUGAUGAUAUCAAAUAGAUGAGUGAUUCAUUUUUUCUUCACCAAUGUGAAUUGGACAGAAGAUAACUUUCACCUCCAGGCGACUUGUUUUAUUGUUUAUAGAACAGUUUAUAUAUUCGACUUGCAUGUGUACAUACUUCUUUUUCUUUUUUUAAAUGGUCUGAAAUGAGGCCUUUUUUUAUUUGCUGUGUUUCUAGCUAUGCUAUGGGUAUAUGGUCCUCUUUAGUUCAAUAUCAAUUGGCAUAAAUAACAGAACUGUUCCUUCUGCUGGAGGUUGAGAAGGGAUUCAUAUUCACAGGUGGUUCCGCUGUGUCAAAAUUUAAAACAAACAUGAAGACAUUGGCCAUUAUAUUUUUAUUAACUGUCAUUGUUGAAAAAGUUGAGUUUUUACGAGAAUUAACUUUCUUUUUAACUUUUUCCCCCCCUGUCUUGUGGGUUUAACUCAAGGGAACUGUGAGUCAAUUGAGUGUGCUUGUAUGAUUGAUUGAAUCACUCAAGAAAUUGUUUACUCGAGGAAUAAAGACAUGACUUUCCGAAUGCACCCCCAGUGAAUGUCCCCUCUCACUCCUCCUAGACCAGGAUAGAGGGGACAGGUAAGACCUGUCCUUUGGGGUCCAGUCUAAUCGUUAGCACAGUGCAUCAGACCCUGUGGUUGGAACUGUUGGUGCUCCAAUGAACUCAGCAGGACACCAGGCAUGGCGCCCCCUAGUGUCAGGUGGACUGGCGAGAAAGAGGGGAAGGGAGGAUGUAACCCACUUUGGGUUUGUCAAUAUUCAGAGGUUAUGAAUGGCUAUGAUGUCUGGGGACUGAAAAAAAAGGACAAAAUUCCAUGAAGCCAAAUAAAUGAAGAUAGCUGUAUAUGAACCAUAGAUUUUUUUAAUAGUUCAUUACCAUUACAAUAUCCUAGGCUUGUCAUGAGGGGGACUAAAAUAAUAAAAACAAAUGUAAAAUACUUGAAUGAGAUCUUGUAUUAUAGCAUUUAAUAUCCAUAAUAUCUGCUUUGUAGGCUGUGAUUUGCUAUUGGUGUUAUUUGUAGUAAUUGUGCUGUUCCUUAUAUAUCUAAAAAACAAACAACCAAAAAAAAACAUUAAAUGGACAAAAAAAACUUCAACACCAA